AAAAUAAUAGUUUUUUUUUUCAACUGAUGUAAAUAUUUAUUUUUUUUAUUUAUUCUGUUUUCUAUGUAUAUAUCCAAUUGGAUUUUUGUGCUUUAAUAAAUAAAUAAUAAUUAUUAUAAAUAGAAAUAUUAAAAAUAUUAGAAUAUCAUUAAUAAUUUAAAAAAAAAACAAAAUGGCGGAACAAGUUGCUGUACAAAAUGGUCCACAACAACAAUCACAACUUCCAACAACACAUAGUACACCACAAUCAAAUACAACAAACAGUAAUAGCAAUAAUAACAAUAAUAAUAGUAAUAAUGAUAUUAAUACAAAAAAUAAAAAACGUUCACCAGAAAUUCAAUUAACCGGAGUUGGUGGCGCUGGUACAGUUUUAAUGCGUGAAAGAAGUUUUGUCAAAAGUAGUAAUAAUGCAAAUAAAAGACGAAGUUUAGCUUUCCAUCCACAACAAAAUCAAAUUAGAGGUGGUAAACCGACUAUGGAAAUUUAUAGACCACCAAACGUCCGACUCGAUGGUAAUUCCUUAAAAAAAUUGAAUGUUCAUGCCCAGGAAUUCACCAUGAAUUCAUCAACUACAUCAUCAUCAUUAAAUACUCGUUCAUCUAUAAUAUUCCCGUCACCGGGUAAUCAUCUAAUACAACAUUCAAAAUCUGGUGCUAAUAUACAACAAAUGCAUCAUCAUUUAGCAGCUGCAGCUGUUUUACAGCAACAACAACAACAGCAACAGCAGCAACAAAGAUUUUCCACUGGUGGUCAAACAAUAUCGGCAACAGCAAAUUUUGGUAAUUUAGGACAGCGUGCAAUAUUAGUAUCACAUCCAAUACCAAUGUCACCUGUUGCAGCAACAUUACAACAAACACAAUUUCCAAUUGUUAAUUCACAAACAAAUGGAAAUGUUUUACAUGCUCAUCAUCGGGUUAAAUUUGCUCCUGAACCACAAAUAAGUAAAGUACCAAAUCAUCAAAAUAAUAAUUUAAUAAUGAAUCAAAAUCAUCAAAAUUAUUAUGCAUUAAAUAAUGCUGCUGCCUAUCAAUAUAAUGCAAAUAGUACUGCUGGUAUUUUACCACAACUUCAACGUUCUAAAUCAUUAUCAUCAGCUGAUGCAUUAACACGCGGUAUUGCUACAUUAGGUUUAGGUGUUGCAAAUGAAACAAAUGAUAUUGGACAAUUUGCACCAGAUAUCCAACAAUUAAUUGAUAAAGCAUUACAAGAUCCAAAUAAAUUAAGUGCAAGAAAUUUAAUGGAAUUAGCAAUACAGGUUAUGCAAAGAGCUGUAGAAGGUAGACGUUAUGCAUUACCAAUAUCAAGAUUAUGUAUACAAAUUAUAUCAAAAGAAGCAAAAGAAACAUUUUUAGAAGCAUUACUUAAUACAUGCCGUCAAUGGUAUCAAGAAAGAGAAAAGAUAUUGUAUCCCGGACAGAGUAUGAAAAAUUCAUCUCGUUCACGUUUUACGGCUUUUAUGGCAUUUCUAACCGAAAUGUUUUGUCAAUUGAAACGUCGUCAAUUACAAUUACGAACACAAUGUGAUGGAGCUCCACCACCUUUAGUAUUGUUAACAUUAUUAUCGAAAUGCUGUGAAGAUUGUGUAAAACCACCUGUUCGAUCGCUAUCAGAGAUCGAAUGUUUAUUCUUUGUUUUAACAUGCAUUGGACGUGAUUUAGAAAUUCAUUUAUCACAACAACUUGAAACAUUAUUAUCAUUAGUACGUGAUGCAUUUUUAAAUGCUAGUGCAUCAGCUCCAGCAAUACGUCGUACACUUUUACAAUUAAUUGAAUUGCAUGCGUCCAGAUGGCAAUUACCAGGAAAUACUGUACUUUAUUAUUAUCCUUCAACAAAGUAAAACAUAAUUUUUUUUGUCUUUUUUUUUACUAAAAUGGUAAAAUUUCUUAUGGAGAUCCAGUGUCGCAUUAUAUAAGGAAGACAAAGUUGCUAUUUAAAUUACAAUACAUUUGAUUAAGCAGGUGUAUAAGUUUUGAGAGGAGAAAGAAAAAAGUGAUUUUGUUACCGUCAUCAAAAAAAAAAAUGGAAAAAUACAUAAAAUGAAAAACAACUGUAUAUGAAAUAAAAUAUAUAAGAAGAAAAAAAAUAUCUAAAUUUUUGUUAAAAUUUAAAUUUAGCAUUUAUUUUUAAGAGAGGCAGAAAAUGUUUUGUUUUUAAUGAUUUUUUUUUUAUUUAAUUUUUUUUUUAUAUAUUUGAUCAAUUUAAAAUGUGUCAUAUUAUUUAUAAUUCCCUUUUACCCCUUAUGUAAUAUUAUUAUUUUUUUAUAUUUCAUAUUAUUUUAUAU